AUGUAUUUAUUCCUUGUACAGUUGUUCGCUCUUUUUUUAGCUUUCUCAACUGUUUUUGGCCAGUCUUUCACAAAUCCUGUGCUCUGGGAGGAUCUCGCAGACUUGGAUAUUUUUCGAGUUGGCGAUGUUUACUACUACUCGGCUUCAAACAUGCAUUACUCACCAGGGGCACCGAUUUUAAUGUCCUACGACCUCGUCAACUGGAAAUACAUCGGGCAUUCUGUUCCAACUCUUGGCUUUGGCUCAAAGUACGAUAUGUCUGGUGCUGCAACUGCAUACGUCAAAGGAAUAUACGCAUCGACAAUGCGCUACCGGGCGAGCGACAACACCUGGUUUUGGUAUGGUUGUAUCGAGUACAGUGGCACCUACGUUUACACCGCUAGCUCUGUCACCGGUCCCUGGCAGCAAAAGACAAAGAUCAGCACAUGUUAUUACGACGCUGGCAUGCUAAUCGAUGAUGACAAUACCAUAUACAUUGCCUACGGCAACACGCAGCUUUCCGUCGCGCAACUCUCAAAGGAUGGUCUUUCCCAAGUCAAGACCCAAGUUGUCUACCAGACACCCUCCACCAUUGGAACGCUUGAGGGAUCUCGAAUGUAUAAGAUAAAAGGCUCCUAUUACAUUUUCGCCACAAGACCGGCCAACGGACAAUACAUUUUGAAGUCCACCAACGGCCCAUUUGGGCCUUAUGAAGUCAAGCAAUUGCUCUUGAAUCUUCCAGGGCCGAUCUCUGGGGGAGGUGUCCCUCACCAAGGUGGCUUAGUUCAAACGCCAGCAGGAGAAUGGUGCUACAUGGCCUUCGUUGAUAGCUAUCCUGGUGGACGUGUUCCUGCUCUUGCACCAAUCGGUUGGGGUUCUGAUGGCUUCCCAGUGCUCCAAACAUCCAACGGAGCCUGGGGAACCUCAUACAUAGCACCUCUACCGUUACGUCCGCUAGAAUCUCCUAGCGGGAUUGAUUACUUCAACGGGACUUCUCUUGGUCCGCAGUGGGAAUGGAACCACAACCCCGACACCAGUAAAUUCUCAGUUAAGAAUGGCCUUACGUUGUCUGCCGCAACUGUUACCAGCGAUCUAUAUAAAGCUCGCAACACCCUCUCUCGCCGCAUCUUGGGCCCCACCUCGUCGGGGACUAUUAUCUUGAACGUUGAGAACAUGAAAGAUGGCGACCGGGCCGGCUUCGCUCUCCUGCGCGACACGAGCGCGUGGGUUGGCGUUCGCAGAGAUGGUACGGCACUCAAGAUCUCCAUGUGGUCCGGCCUGACCAUGACAUCCACAUGGGCUACCGCAAACACUGGAUCCGAAGUCAGCAGCGCAUCGGUGUCUGGCACUCGCUUUUGGCUUCGUGUCUAUGCGGAUAUUCAUGCUGGGACUGGAAAGCAGGGUUACUUCUAUUACAGUACCGACGGUAAAUCCUUCCAGAAGCUAGGCAGCUUGACGCUCAAUCAGGCAUGGAACUUUUUCCCGGGUUAUCGCUAUGCCAUCUUCAAUUAUGCAACAAAGACUCUGGGUGGAUCUGUUCUUAUUGAGUCGUUCAAGGUGGAUUCACCAGGGUUGACUACGUAG